GACGGAAGUUUUAAAAUAAUGACUUCGAGUAUUUUUUUAAAUGCUCAUUAUUGUAUAACAAACUUUGAGCUUACCUCCUUAGCUCUAGAAAAAUUUGGACUACCUAAAGACGAAGCAAGCAAUUAUUACCUUAGUUUUGUAACGAGAGAUGGAGAGGAGAAGCGUUUUUUGAACGACGAGGACAACAUUUUUGCUGACUGCUCGUAUUCUGAUCUGGAAGGCGAUCACGUCCGCAUUUAUCUAACCUGCACUGCUUUAAGGGACUGCGUCCGUACAAUUACAAUAGGCGUGGGUAGCAAAGCAGUGGAUCUAGAAACCAAGGCCGUUCACUUUACUAACAAAGUUCUUCGGCAAAUUGCACUACAAAAGCCCAAUAUUAGCACCAGUGGCCACUUCCUAGCUGAACGGAGUGGUUCAGAGCAGGCAUCGUCCUUAGUGUUAAGCGAUUGGGAUAUCCCUUAUGCAUAUCCGAACCCUCAAUUUGUUCUUAUAAAAAGUAAACAAACUGGAAGUGUAAAAAAGAUGGCCAAGGCUAUGGUCGCCAAUUAUACGCGCGAUCGACCCUCCUCUUGCGAACCCGAUUGCGAGAUGGUGAAAAAGAGACUUGACUGGACUAUCUUACCCAGUCAGUCCUUUAAAAAAACGGGAAAAUUUCUUCAUCACAGCAUAAGAGGGCUCAAAAAUAGUGGCCGCCGUAAAAGUAACGCAGACAUAACUGCAGAAACUUUAAAACAUUCCAAUAGCGAAGAGAUAAGAAAGAUAAUGCAGUCCGGAGACUUGAAGCUCAUGGAAAAAGAAAUGUGGGAGACAACGCCUGGUCUGUUUACAAGAUCGCUAGAAGAAAACACCGAGGGGGGCUCCCGCGUGCCUCUGUGCAUACAAAGGUGCUGGGAAGCUAUUGAGAAGCGGGGGCUCACGUGUAAAGGUAUCUAUCGCCUCUCUGGGAGCAUCACGCAGUCCCGAGAACUAAAGCUUGAUUUUCAUUUGGGGCGCCCUGUGAGACUUGAGGAGAAGAGCCUCAAUUCGUGUGCGUCGGUGGUCAAAUAUUUCUUUACAAGCAUCCCCAAACCCUUAUUUGGAGGGUUCGAGGACCAUAAGAAUAUUGAAAGUCUAAACACUCAGGAUGAAAAGAUCGAAAAACUAAAGCAACUUUUCCGUUCGCUUCCCCGUGAAAACAUUUUCAUUCUAAACAAACUGUUUAUGCACUUAAAGCAAGUGGCAGCGCACAGCGAGUUGAACUACAUGCAGGAAAAAAACAUCGCCGUAGUUUUUGCGCCUUGUCUACAAAUGCCCUUCGGACUGCUCGAACUCACCCUCAUAAACUACGAUCCCACAUGGCCUCCUAGCCAGGUCUAAAAAACGGGGGCUUCCGUUUGUAACGACUAGUU